CCGCCGCUUCUCCUCCGCCGCAGCCGCCGCCGUCGACCAGCGGAGACGCGCGGGCGCCUCUCCGGAGAGAUCCGUCCGCCGCUUCCUCCGAGGCAUUUCCCCUCGGCCCUCUUCGCUCGACACGAUGCUGGAGCUGAGGAGAUAAGUCAAGCAUGGACGCAAUGGAGGUCGAGGAGUGUCCUUUUCUGGCUAAUGAUGCAAAGUUACAUGCUGGAAUGUGCAGAGCAUUUCAUCCUGUGGUUUCUAAACUUUUAGCGAUUUUCCCGUUCAUCGAAGCAUCAAGACCCAGAAGCAAGUCUGGCAUACAGGCACUGUGUUCACUGCACGUCGCUCUGGAUAAAUCCAAAGGUCUUCUUCAACUUUGCGCAGAUUGCAGCAGGCUGUACUUGGCCAUCACUGCAGAAACUGUGCUUUUGAAGUUUGAGAAAUCAAGAACCCAACUUCAGGAUAGUCUUAGGCGUGUCGAAAGCAUAGUAACAGAAGAUAUUGGUCACAAGAUUGUAGAGAUUAUUGGCGAGCUGGAGGAAGUUGUAUUUACAUUGGAUCAGUCAGAGAAGGAAGCUGGUGAUGAGGUGAUCAAUUUGCUCCAGAGAAAUAGUAAAACGAACAGUUCCAAUGAUAGUGGGGAGCUUGAGGUCUUUCAUAUGGCUGCUCUGAAGCUGGGAAUUACAUCUUCUAGGGCAGCACUGACUGAGAGAAGAGCCCUCAAGAAGCUAAUUGAAAAGGCUCGUUCUGGCGAUGAUAAGCGGAAGGAGUUUGUUGUGUUAUACUUGUACAAUCUCAUGAGGAAAUACUCGAAAUUCUUCAGAAGUGAGACAGGUGAUGAUACCGAUUCUCAAGGAUCAACUCCAUGUUCACCUACGGUAUUAGGCAUGGAUGACAUGUAUGGCCCCUGCGGAAAUAGCCGAGCAUUCAGCAGACAGCUGUCGAGCAUUCAAUCAUUUAAUUCAAGGUUUGGAUCUUUCAAUUCGAGGCUUGGAUCAUUCAAUUGUAGACCUAGUGGUCCAAGGUCCGAAAACAUGUCGAUCCCUCCUGAGGAACUCAGGUGUCCCAUUUCCUUGCAGCUGAUGUAUGACCCAGUUAUUGUUUCAUCUGGCCAGACUUAUGAGCGUGUUUGCAUUGAGAAAUGGUUUAAUGAUGGUCACAGCACAUGUCCCAAGACUCAGCAGCAACUGGCCCACCUGUCUUUGACUCCAAAUUACUGCGUUAAGGCCAUGAUUUCUAGCUGGUGCGAGCAGAAUGAUUUUCCAGUUCCAGAUGGUCCACCAGGAACCUUUGAUGUAAAUUGGAGGCUUGCUUUAUCUGAUUCCCAGGCAACAGCCUGUGUGUCUGUCGAUAGUUUUGACACUAGCAACAUCAAGGGUGUGAAGGUGGUUCCUCUGGAGAAUGGGAGAAAAGAAGAGCCAGCAUACAGCGAAUCAGGAACAUUGGACGAUAGCUCUUGUGUUGAGUUUGAUAUGAACGAAGGGUACCGGAAUCUGCUGCUCACGCUUAAUGAUAGAAACAACAUGCUCAACCAGUGUAGAUUGGUUGAGCAGAUAAGGUAUCUUCUGAAGGAUGAUGAGGAAGCAAGGAUCCAGAUGGGCUCAAAUGGGUUUGCGGAGGCACUAGUUCAGUUCUUACGGUAUUCUGUGGAAGAUGGAAAUGAGAAGGCACAAGAAAUUGGUGCCAUGGCUCUAUUCAACCUUGCAGUCAAUAAUAACAGAAACAAGGGGCUUCUGCUAUCUGCUGGAGUAGUCGAUCUACUUGAGCAGAUGACAUCAAAUCCACGUCUAUCUGCUGCAGCCACGGCACUAUACCUCAACCUUUCCUGCCUCCCCGACGCAAAGAGUGUCAUUGGUUCCAGCCAAGCCGUGACAUUCCUAGUAGACCGUCUCUACAACCAUGACGCCUGCGACACAAAAGCCAGCUCCUGCAAGCAUGAUGCCCUCUACACACUGUACAAUCUCUCCACCCACCAAGCCAGCAUCCCAUCGCUCUUGUCCGCGGGCCUUGUGGACGCUCUCCACUGUCUCUUCACAGAGUCUUCGGUGUCGGAGGGCCUCGGAUGGACAGAGAAGGCCCUGGCGGUGCUCAUCAGCCUCGCAGCGAACCAGGCUGGAAGGAAAGAGAUCAUGUCCACCCCAGGGCUGGUGAGCACGCUGGCGAUGCUACUGGACACGGGCGAGCCGACGGAGCAGGAGCAGGCCGUGUCCUGCAUCCUCGCCAUAUGCUCGGCUGACGACAAGUGCAUCGCGCCGGUGCUCCAGGAAGGUGUGGUGCCUUCCCUGGUCUCCAUCUCGGCGACCGGCACGGGGAGGGGGAGGGAGAAGGCCCAGAAGCUGCUGAAGCUGUUCCGGGAGCAGCGGCAGCGGGACGCACCGCAGCAGCCGCAACAGCAGCAGUCCCUGACGGAGACCGGGAACGGUGGCGCCAUAGUAUGUCACCGGGAGUCCAAGCCGCUGUGCAAGUCGAAGUCGAAGAAGCUGGGGCGGACUCUGAGCUCUCUGUGGAAGAACAGGGGCUUCUCCCUGUACCAGUGCUAGCUAGCGGAGUUCUGGGCUAGAGUUGAUCAUCACUAGAAUCUGUAAAUCUCCUCUUUCUUGUUUUUUUUUUUUUUGGAGAAAUGCCUUUUUUUUUUUUUCCUUUGUUGCUGUGGUUGGUUCGGGUAAAGUUAAAACGGACUUUCUUCUUCCCCCCCUGCUCGGUGGGGUGAUGUAGGGCAUUUUCCCCUUUUGCCUUGUUCAAGACAUGUAACAUGUAUAUAGCCUCGUUACGAGAUGCUUUCCUCUCCUGUUUUUAAUCCA